AUGCUAGCCACAAAAUCUGAGCUAAGAGAAGUGAAGAACAACCCAUAUCAAGUGCUCUUUGUACUUGUGAACAAAGAGGUUUUGAUUUCUCUUAACGACAUAACAUCUCUUCCUAGUGUUGUAGCUGAUCUUUUGCGGGACUUUGAAGAUGUGUUUCCACAAGAAACACCGGCUGGACUACCUCCAAUUCGAGGGAUUGAGCAUCAAAUCGAUCUUAUUCCAGGGGCUGCACUUCCUAACCGUCCACCAUAUCGAACCAAUCUUGAAGAAACUAAGGAAAUACAAAGGCAAGUGCAAGAACUUCUUGAUAAAGGUUUUGUUCGUGAAAGCUUAAGCCCUUGUGUUGUUCCUGUGAUUUUAGUACCUAAGAAAGAUGGAUCUUGGAGGAUGUGUGUUGAUUGUAGAGCUAUAAAUAAUAUUACCGUUCGCUAUCGCCAUCCUAUUCCACGGCUAGAUGAUAUGCUUGAUGAAUUAAGUGGUUCCACAUUUUUUACUAAAAUUGAUUUGAGAAGUGGAUACCAUCAAAUAGGAAUGAAAACUGGAGAUGAAUGGAAGACUGCAUUUAAAACAAAAUUUGGGUUGUAUGAAUGGUUAGUGAUGCCCUUUGGGUUGACUAAUGCUCCUAGUACUUUUAUGAGAUUAAUGAACCAUGUAUUAAGAACUUUCAUUGGCUUUGUUGUUUCAGCAAAAGGAAUAGAGGUGGAUGAAUCCAAGGUGAAAGCAAUCAAGGAUUGGCCAGCUCCAACGAAUUAUUUGAAAGGGCAAGCCAAACUGAACCGUCACCAUGCUAAAUGGGUUGAGUUUAUCGAAACAUUUCCAUACAUUGUGAAAUAUAAGAAAGGUAAGGACAAUGUGGUCGCUGAUGCCUUGUCUCGAAGGAAUGUGUUGUUGAAUCAACUAGAGAUAAAAGUUUUGGGUCUUGAAAAUUUGAAAGAAAUGUAUAAUGAUGAUCCUGAAUUUUCAGAACCAUACAAUCAAUGUAAAGAUGGAAAAGGUUGGGAAAAAUAUCAUAUACAUGAUGGAUUUUUGUUUAGAGCUAACAAACUUUGUGUACCAAAUUCUUCGGUUAGAUUGCUUUUAUUGCAGGAGUCACAUGGAGGAGGUCUAACAGGUCAUUUUGGACAAAAAAAGACUUAUGAACUGCUCAACCUGGGAGCUAACUUCACUAGCUCAGAGUUCUUUGAUUUUUGUGAGCAGAGGAGCAUCCAGAUCAAGUAUACAUCAGUGGCGCACCCGAGAGCUAACGAGCAGGUAGAAAGAGCUAACAGAAUGAUACUCGAUGCGCUCAGGAAGAAAGUAUUUGACAAGAGUGAAAAUCUCACAGGCAAAUGGAUUAGGGAACUACCGCAUGUAGUCUGGAAUCUGCGGACCCAACCCAGCCAGGCCCUGCAUGGGAACACUCCAUUCUUCAUGGUGUAUGGAUCAGAGGCAGUGUUGCCAUCAGACCUAAUUUUUGGAGCACCCAGGCUAACAUUCAAAAACAUAGCAGAAGCGAAAGCAACCAGACUGAAGGAGGUUGACGUGCUAGAAGAAGAGCGUUUGAAUGUCGUCAUCCAAUCGGCUAGGUACCAGCAGACUCUGAGGCGCUACCAUGACAAAGCAGUGCGGCACCGAUCCUUUGCAGUAGGAGACCUGGUACUCCGCCGCGUAUUGACAGGAGAAUAA